AUGUUCAGACAAUCCUUGCGCCAGGUUGCCAGACAAUCUUCUAACGUCGUCAGAAGAACCUACGCCACUGAGGCUGCUGCCUCCGAUGCCUUGAAGUUGUCCUUGGCUCUUCCACAUCAGACCUUGUACUCCGAGUCUGAGGUCCAGCAGGUGAACUUGCCAUCUGUCAACGGUGACUUGGGUAUCUUGGCCAACCAUAUUCCAAUUGUUGAGCAGUUGAGACCAGGCUUGUUGGAGAUCAUCUCCAAGGGUGGUGAGACCGAGCAGUACUUCGUUUCUGGUGGUAUUGCCCUUGUCCAGCCAGGCAACAAGUUGACCAUCUCUGCCAUUGAGGCUUUCAAGCCAGAGCAGUUCGAUGCCAACGAGAUCAAGACUUUGAUUGCUGAUGCUCAGAAGAGAGCCGCUUCUUCUGACGAGGUUGUUGUCGCUGAGGCCAACAUUGAGUUGGAGGUCCUCGAGGCUUUGCAGCACGUUGCCAAAUAA